UCCCCCUGCCACCCGACUCCCUUUCCCCGGUCCCCGACGUGCAGGAAGCCCCCAGCCAAGCGCCCCGCAGGAAGGUGCGGGCAGAUGCUGCCCAGGCGUCUAACGGGAGGGGCGCCGGCGCCGCCGGAGCUUUGUAGGAAGCUAACCUCAGGAUGGCCAGCUCAGCCCGGGAGCACCUGCUUUUUGUGCGGCGUCGAAAUCCCCAGAUGCGGUACACAUUGAGCCCAGAGAACCUUCAGAGCCUCGCCGCCCAGAGCUCCAUGCCAGAGAACAUGACCCUACAGAGGGCAAACAGCGACACAGACCUGGUGACCUCUGAGAGCCGCUCCAGCUUGACUGCCAGCAUGUACGAGUACACGCUGGGGCAAGCCCAAAACCUCAUUAUCUUCUGGGACAUUAAAGAGGAGGUGGACCCCAGUGAUUGGAUUGGACUUUAUCACAUAGAUGAGAAUUCUCCAGCCAACUUCUGGGAUUCUAAAAACAGGGGUGUGACUGGAACCCAAAAAGGGCAAAUCGUAUGGAGAAUUGAGCCUGGGCCCUAUUUCAUGGAACCUGAGAUAAAAAUCUGUUUUAAAUACUACCACGGCAUUAGCGGAGCCCUGCGAGCCACGACCCCCUGCAUCACCGUGAAGAAUCCUGCUGUGAUGAUGGGGGCAGAAGGCAUGGAAGGAGGUGCUUCCGGAAAUCAGCAUUCUCGGAAACUCGUCAGCUUCACGUUGUCAGAUCUUAGAGCAGUUGGGCUAAAGAAAGGGAUGUUCUUCAAUCCUGAUCCUUAUCUUAAGAUGUCCAUUCAGCCAGGGAAGAAGAGCAGUUUCCCCACCUGUGCCCACCAUGGGCAGGAAAGAAGGUCUACUAUCAUCAGUAACACCACUAAUCCAAUUUGGCACCGAGAGAAAUAUUCCUUUUUUGCGCUUCUUACUGAUGUCUUGGAAAUUGAAAUUAAAGACAAAUUUGCCAAGAGCCGUCCUAUCAUCAAGCGUUUUCUGGGGAAACUAACCAUUCCAGUCCAGAGGUUGCUGGAGCGGCAAGCCAUUGGGGAUCAGAUGCUCAGCUACAACCUUGGCCGAAGGCUUCCUGCUGACCACGUGAGUGGGUACCUCCAGUUUAAAGUGGAGGUUACAUCUUCUGUGCAUGAAGAUGCUUCUCCAGAAGCUGUUGGCACAAUACUUGGAGUCAAUACUGUGAAUGGAGACCUAGGAAGCCCUUCUGACGAGGAGGACGUGCCGGGGGGCCAUCAUGACAGCACGCUUUGCUCUAAUGGGCCAGUUUCUGAGGACAGUGCUGCUGAUGGGACCCCCAAGCAUUCUUUCAGGACUAGCUCUACUCUGGAAAUAGACUCAGAGGAAUUAACCUCUACUUCUUCAAGGACCUCACCUCCCCGAGGACGUCAGGAUUCGCUCAAUGAUUACUUAGAUGCUAUUGAACACAAUGGCCAUUCCAGGCCAGGCACGACUACCUGCUCGGAGAGGUCCAUGGGAGCCUCUCCAAAACUAAGGAGUAGUUUUCCCACCGACACGAGGCUCAACGCAAUGCUUCAUAUCGACUCAGAUGAAGAGGACCACGAGUUCCAGCAAGACCUGGGAUAUCCGUCUUCCUUGGAGGAGGAAGGAGGGCUAAUAAUGUUCAGCAGAGCGUCAAGAGCUGAUGACGUGAGCCUGACAUCGCAGACCAAGCCAGAAGACGACCCAGUGGAGAUUGAGGAAGCCUCCACAAAUGAGGCUGCUUCCUUUGAGGAUAAGCCAGAACAUCUUCCCGAGCUUGCAGAGGGCUCCUUACCCUCGGGCCCCGUCCCAGAUGAAAGUGAAGGUGGCCCAGAGUCUCAACCAAGCACUGAGCAGGGCAGCACUGAAGUGUGUGGCUCUCAAGAGGUGGAUCAGCCCACGAGCGGGGCAGACACAGGGACUUCCGACACGUCGGGAGGAAGCCGCAGGGCCAUCAGUGAGACCGAGUCCCUGGAUCAGGGGUCUGAGCCUUCCCAGGUGUCCUCUGAAACAGAGCCCAGUGACCCUGCCAGGACAGAGAGCGUGAGCGAGGCCAGCACCAGGCCGGAAGGCGAGAGUGACCUGGAGGGCGCCGACAGCUCCUGCAAUGAGAGCGUUACCACGCAGCUGUCCUCAGUGGACACGCGGUGCUCGUCUCUUGAGAGCGCACGGUUUCCCGAAACCCCAGCCUUUUCUUCUCAGGAGGAGGAAGAUGGAGCCUGUGUAGCAGAGCCCAGCAGCAGUGGCCUCGCUGAAGGGUCACAGGAUUCCAUACGUACUCCCAGUUCUUUACCUGUGGUGCAGGUGUCCGCUGGAGAGGAGGAAGGGGCAGGGGCAGACUCAGCCCCUUUACCUAACCAGGAGGAGGUCGGGGAGGUCUGGCAGCGGAGGGGGAGCUUGGAAGGAGCUGCUGCUGCUGCUGCUGCUGAGAGCCAGCCCCAGGAAGAAGGGGAUGCCGGGGAUGCCCACGGGGCUUGUGAAGGGGCCACUGCCCAGGAGGAGGGCGCCACCGGAGGUUCUCAAGCCAAUGGCCACCAGCCAUUGAGAUCACUGCCUUCAGUACGCCAGGAUGUUAGCCGAUACCAGAGGGUGGACGAGGCUCUUCCCCCAAAUUGGGAAGCACGCAUUGACAGCCACGGCAGGAUCUUCUACGUGGACCACGUAAACAGAACCACCACGUGGCAGCGACCAACAGCUCCUCCCGCCCCUCAGGUGCUGCAAAGAUCAAACUCCAUACAGCAAAUGGAGCAGCUGAACCGGCGAUACCAGAGUAUCCGCAGAACCAUGACUAACGAGAGGCCUGAGGAAAAUACCAAUGCUAUUGAUGGGGCAGGAGAAGAAGCUGACUUUCACCCAGCCAGUGCAGAUUUCCGACGAGAGAACGUCCUGCCCCACUCUACCUCCAGAUCCAGGCUCACGUUGCUGUUACAGUCCCCCCCUGUGAAGUUCCUCAUCAGCCCAGAGUUCUUCACCGUGCUGCAUUCUAACCCUAGUGCCUACCGCAUGUUUACAAACAAUACGUGUUUGAAGCACAUGAUCACCAAAGUCCGGCGGGACACCCACCACUUUGAACGCUACCAGCAUAACCGAGAUCUUGUGGGAUUCCUCAAUAUGUUCGCCAACAAACAGCUGGAGCUGCCAAGGGGCUGGGAAAUGAAACACGAUCAUCAGGGCAAGGCAUUUUUUGUCGACCACAACUCCCGCACCACCACUUUCAUCGACCCCCGGCUCCCGCUGCAGAGCAGUAGACCCACGAGCGCGCUGGUUCAUCGGCAGCACCUGACCAGGCAACGCAGCCACAGUGCAGGCGAGGUAGGAGAAGAUUCUCGACACACAGGACCACCAGUGCUCCCCAGGCCAUCGAGUACAUUCAAUACAGUCAGUAGGCCACAGUACCAGGACAUGGUUCCAGUGGCUUACAAUGACAAGAUUGUUGCAUUUCUGCGCCAACCCAACAUCUUUGAAAUUCUACAGGAGCGCCAACCUGAUCUUACCAGAAAUCAUUCACUCAGGGAGAAGAUCCAAUUUAUCCGAACUGAAGGGACCCCAGGAUUGGUGCGUCUUUCAAGUGAUGCAGACCUUGUCAUGUUGCUGAGUUUAUUUGAAGAAGAGAUAAUGUCUUAUGUGCCUCCACAUGCCUUACUUCACCCCAGCUACUGUCAGUCCCCACGUGGCUCCCCCGUGUCCUCUCCCCAGAACUCGCCAGGUACUCAGCGUGCCAAUGCCCGGGCUCCUGCCCCUUACAAGCGAGACUUUGAAGCCAAACUAAGGAACUUUUACAGGAAGUUAGAGACUAAAGGAUAUGGACAAGGCCCAGGGAAAUUAAAGUUAAUUAUCAGAAGAGAUCACUUACUGGAAGAUGCUUUUAAUCAAAUUAUGGGCUACUCCAGAAAAGACUUACAGAGAAAUAAGCUGUACGUCACAUUUGUCGGGGAGGAAGGGCUGGAUUACAGUGGACCUUCCAGAGAGUUUUUCUUCCUCGUAUCCAGAGAGCUCUUUAACCCAUAUUAUGGCUUAUUUGAAUAUUCAGCCAACGACACAUACACAGUACAAAUAAGUCCCAUGUCUGCUUUUGUAGACAAUCACCAUGAAUGGUUCCGAUUCAGUGGUAGGAUUCUUGGUCUUGCGCUAAUACACCAGUAUUUGUUGGACGCUUUCUUCACACGGCCCUUUUAUAAAGCUCUUCUCAGAAUUCUGUGUGACCUGAGUGAUCUAGAAUACCUUGAUGAAGAGUUCCACCAGAGCCUGCAGUGGAUGAAAGACAAUGAUAUCCAUGACAUCCUGGACCUGACAUUCACUGUGAAUGAAGAAGUUUUUGGGCAGAUUACCGAACGAGAAUUAAAACCAGGGGGUGCCAAUAUCCCAGUCACAGAGAAGAACAAGAAGGAGUACAUCGAGAGGAUGGUGAAAUGGCGGAUUGAGAGGGGUGUUGUUCAGCAAACAGAGAGUUUAGUGCGUGGCUUCUAUGAGGUGGUGGAUGCCAGGCUGGUGUCUGUUUUUGAUGCAAGAGAACUGGAACUCGUCAUCGCGGGCACAGCUGAGAUCGACCUGAGUGACUGGAGAAACAACACAGAAUACAGAGGAGGAUAUCAUGACAAUCAUAUUGUAAUUCGGUGGUUCUGGGCUGCAGUGGAAAGAUUCAACAAUGAACAGCGACUCAGGUUGUUACAGUUUGUCACGGGCACAUCCAGCAUUCCCUAUGAAGGAUUUGCUUCUCUCCGAGGGAGUAAUGGCCCAAGAAGAUUCUGUGUGGAGAAAUGGGGGAAAAUCACUGCUCUUCCCAGAGCUCACACUUGUUUCAACCGUCUGGAUCUCCCCCCGUACCCAUCAUUCUCCAUGCUUUAUGAAAAACUCUUGACAGCAGUUGAAGAAACAAGUACCUUUGGACUUGAGUGACCUGGAAGAACGAUGCCAGGCUCUGUAUGGACAGGCAAUUUCAGAAGCUGCUGUCUAGAAGAAUGACUGAAUGUUGGAAGUUUCAAGAGUAUGCUUCCACUAGAGUCAAGCUGAGUGCUAUUAUUUUCCGGGAACACAUGCUCUGUCACAAUGGGGUCCGGAUAGUGGUGAUGAGUCCUCUUGGAAGGAUUUGGGUGAGCUUGAUGCCCAGGGAACUACCCAACAGUCUUUCAAUCAACAGUUGUUGACUGCCAAACUUUUUUCCAUUUGUGUUAUGUUCCAAGACAAAGAUGAACCUGUACACGAUCAGCUCCAUGGUAACUUUCAGGGACUCGGGAGAAUCUUGAAACUUACCUUUGAACGCGGUUCAAGCCCAACUGGCAGCACUUGGCCCAAUCUCCAAAUUAGCUCAAGUUAAAUAAUAUAAUAAAAACAAAUAUAUUUCCUAAAAGUACAUUCAUUUAAGCCCUACGUUGUAGCAGAAUAUUCAUUUUCUUGCUAUGAGUGCCUGCAUGGUGUGCACCAUAGGUUUCAGCUUUCAUGGGACACAAGUGAAAAUGAAACCAAGUCAACAUGAGGUAACUUUAAAGAUUUGCAAUAAGGUGGUCUGUGACAAUGUAUAUGCAAAGUGGUAUGUGUGUAAUUAUGGCUGAAGACAAACUGUUCUACAAUGAAUAACUAAUGACAGAUUUUAUGCUUUAUAAUGCAUGAAAACAAUUUAAAAAUAACUAGCAAUUAAUCACAGCAUAUCAGGAAAAAAUACACAGUGAGUUCUGUUUAUUUUUCAUAGGUUCAUUAUAUUUAUGUUCUUUAAGAUGUAUAUAAGAACCUACCUGUUCCGUAUGUAUCACCUGUUCCAUUUUCAUGUUCCAUGCUUACUCGGGCAUCAUGCUAGUACGUAUCCUUUUAAGCACUCUCAAGGGAACAAAAGGGCCUUUUAUUUUUAUAAAGGUACAAAAAAAAUUCCCCGAAAUAUUUUGCACUGAAUGUACCAAAGUUGAAGGGACAUUACAAUAUGACUAACAGCAACUCCAUCACUUGACAAGUAAAUAGAAAAUAGCUUCUAAAUCAAACUUCCUUCACAGUGCCAUGUCUACCACUACAAGGACUGUGCAUCUAAGUAAUAAUUUUUUAAGACUCACUAUAUGUGAUAGUAUGAUAUGCAUUUAUUUAAAAUGCAUUAGACUUCUUCCAUCCAUCAGAUACUUUACAGGAUGGCAUUUAAUACAGAUAUUUCGUAUUUCCCCCACUGCUUUUUAUUUGUACAGCAUCAUUAAACACUAAGAUCGUUUAGAGAGCCAUCAGCAACACCCAAGAGAUCAGCUCUCUUUAGUAAUAAGAAUUCCAUUUUCCCUCAUCAGUGAAGACAUCACAAAUUGAAACUCUCAGUACUAUAUUUCUAAGCCUGCAUUUUCACUGAUGCAUAAUUUUCUUAUCAAUAUUAAGAAACAAUUUUUCUAUGGUCUCUCAGAAACUGCAUGAUAUCACUAAUGUUAUUUCUGCUUAGUUUUAUCAGACGAUGUUCUUCAUUUUUAUUGCUUUUGGGGUUAUUUCACAUCAUUGUUUAUUUCUUGACUUCUGGCCGUAACUAAUCAGAGUGAGUUCUUCAAUAGAGUGAAGUUAAAUCGUGGAUAAUAAAAGCAUUGGAUUCACAUUUGGUUUGCCAGCCUGUGGUUUUACAGGCACUGCCCAAACACCUCUUAGAGAAUUAUAAGUAGCCAUGGAAUUCCUAUUAUGGGAUGUUGGCAAUCUUGUAUUUUAUAGAGUCAGAUGCAUGGUUUUCACAGAUGGUUUGUAAGAACUAAUUGCUCUCCUGUUGGUUAAGCUAUGUUUACCAUUGAGACCCUCAAGAGGAAUACCACUCAUGCUGCGAUCCUGAACUAAAGACAGGUACUGUAGCAUGGGGAAAUGUUCCCCCAAAAGGUUACAGAAAUCUGGAGAUAAGAAAGGAAGAUUUAUCUGUGUACUAUAAUUAGACCAGGAAAAAAGGGAAGAGAAAAAAAUUUUAAUUGGAAAUGUUAGCUUGUAUUUACUGAUCAUGAAUAUAAGUAUAUAUUUAAUUUUGCAAACUAUUUUUACUUGUUUGUAUUUUUUUCAUUAUAAGGAAAAAUAGUAUAACAUACUUUUUCAAACAAAAAAACAACCCACAUCUUUGACGGUAUAUAAGAUGGUUCAGAGCUGGCAUUCUCUAAGCAGCUGGUAUAAAAAGUUACAUUUCUUUCAAAAAUAGACCAUGUUAGCUUUCAUUUUGGUUUGUGACACUUUGCUAUCAUGUUCCACAUUAUUAGGUAAAAGAAGUUUGAAAUAAAA